GAGAGCCUCAGAGUCGAAAGACGCUCACCCACACCUGUAAUGCCCAUUAUUACCCCAAGCACCAACGGAGCCAUGCCUGAAGCAAAGAAAACAGGAAGAAAAGAAUCAAAAGCUGAUAUAAAACCUGCAGAAAAGGCACCGUCAUAUGUUCCCAACAUCCCUGAGCCCAGGACUAGAGCUGAACUGAUGGAAUACUGGAUGGAUUUCACUCUGGAUGACAGAACGUCUCAGAAAGUGUUGUGGCUUUCAGAAGGUGGAGCCAAGGUGUCACGUAUGUGUGAUGAAAUGUGUCCUGUUCUGGAUCGACCUGAAAGAUAUGAACAUUCACCACAGGUGCUGUGUAGGGAGUGUGUUUGGGGUAAUCGUGGAUAUUGGGAGGUGGACUGCGAAGGCUGGGUGGUGAUAGGGGCAGCGUGUGAGAGUUCAGCCCGGAAAACUAAGGAUGGUCCCUGUGGCCUAGGAGAAAAUGAGGUGUCAUGGGGUCUGGGUUGGGCUGGCUCCUGCUACCAUGUGUGGCACAAUGGGGUGAACAUAGAGAUUCAUGCUUCCUUCUGUCCUACCAUUGGGAUCUAUGCAGAUCAGCCAGCUGGAUUACUCAACUUUUACCGUGUGGAAGAUGAAGAGAAUGGCUCUAAGGCGGUCAGUCUGCUUUAUCAGUUUAAGACCACCAUCAACGAGAAGCUCUACCCCGGUUUCUGGGUGGGCAGGAAAUCUCACUGUUGGAUCCGGAAGAAAGAUCAGUAGGACAUGAAUGGCGGGGGGAUCGAUGGAAAGAAGAGGUGUGAAAAAACAGAGCUGUGCAAGAAUAUUUAGUUAACUAGAAUAUCAUGAGAAAUGCUUAAUGCAAUUUUAAUGCCAGCCUAUUACAUGUGGGUUGGCCAGAAAGUAAGCAAGCUCAAAUUAUGGUAGCACUUUUCAAAAGUUUCAUUUGUUAUCAUAUGCAAUGAAAUAACACGUAAGCUUAAAAAAAAAUGCUUUUACAGAAUGUAUAAAUCUUAGUUAAUUUCUAUACUGUAAAAAUGCUUUUGCACUUAAAUUUUUAAGUAUAAUUAACUUGGAAGUCACUUCAACUUUGAUUUUUGAUUUUGAGAAUGAGUUGCUGUAACUUAUAUAUUUAAAUUAAAACUACUUAAGCUAACUAUAAGUUACAGCUUCUCAUCAUUAGUCAAGAUAAAUAAUUGAAUUUGAAAUUACUUUAAAGUGUAUUUAUUUCAUUGCAAAAAAACAUUUGUGUGUGUGUGUGUAUUUGGUAUAAUACAAUGUGUCGGCGUAGUUUAUGAUUAAAAACACAUUAUUUUCUACAUAUCGUAAAUUUUUGUAGCUCCGAAUUUUCUCUGAUGUCAGAUGGAAAUGUGAUGCUUCUUACUCCUACCAUGUUUGAAAGAUUCGCUCACAAUGCAAUGCUAACAGGAGUUAACUAACAGGCUGUCCAAGCGGGAAGAAUUAUGAUAAUGCCCGUCGUGUCCAUGUCAACAGGCCCAGGAAGUAAACUUGCCUACAAUCCGUGUGUUUGUUGUAAUCCAAGAAAAGAGAUUUACGCUGGAGACAAUAUGCGUCAUCAUAAUUACUUUAAGAUUUGUACCUUUUGCAUAUCGUUAACAUGUACGAAUACACACUUACACACCAAAGGAACUCAUGAAUCGGACCAUAGGUGCCCUUUAAAUCCAAGUUGAAUAUACUUAAGAAUUUAAGAGCAAAUUUUUUGUGCAAAAAAAACUCAAUUUUUUUUCUUUUCUUUACACCAGUAAUUUUAUGUGUGUAGUUUAAAAGAAACCUUUAAUAGAAAGUUGUCUUGUGUUUGGGGUUUAAAUACUUUUAUAUUAGUCCAUGUUAUGACAAAAACAGAUAUUGUAAUAAAGAUAUAUCUCAGUGCAUAUAGUACUUGACUGAAUUAUCCAUUUGUUGAUUCAUUUUGAUCAAACCAGAU